CGACCUGCUGACGCUGUGUUGCUUCAGUCAACAACCACACACGCACUGCUGUGAACCCUCCUACCGACAGCCAGAUGGGGCUGGCUCAGAUGCGGAAGUUUCAGUUUCCGCUCAGUCCAGUCCACUUGACGAAACUGAGAGCAGAAGUCACGCUUCUCUCUCUGAACACCAGACCCGGCUUCACAAGGCAAGGUGAAUCAUGAGCAACAGCUACAGCGUCACUCUGGCUGGCCCUGCCCCCUGGGGCUUUAGACUGCAAGGAGGGAAGGACUUCUGUCUGCCCCUCACCAUCUCACGGCUCACUGAUGGAGGCAAGGCAGUCAAAGCCAACAUGAAUGUUGGAGACAUCAUUCUGUCCAUUGAUGGCAUUUCCACAGACCGGAUGAAUCACCUAGAGGCCCAGAACAAGAUUAAGGCCUGCACAGGCAAUCUCAGCCUCACUCUACAGAGACCCUCCAGUGCCCCUAAAGAUGUAGUGCCUAAGGACCAACCUCAAGAAAUCAUUAAGCCUGUCCCAAUCACUCACCCUGCCCCAAGCACCACAUACACCAAGCCACUGAGUCAGCCCAGUCCUGCAUACAACAAGACAGCCCGACCUUUUGGUGGGGAAAGCAGUGUGGUCACAGCUUCUUCCUCACCGGCUGCCCCUAAAGUAGCCUCCAUUCCCUCCGAAUCAUCCGCUUUCACGCCAGCUGCCCCUUCUCAACCACCUGCCCCUUCUCAACCACCACAGCCUCCAUUUCCACUGAAGUCGAGCCCCGCUGCCCCACACUCAGCUCCAGCAAACUCACUUCCCAGGCCCAGUCCUGGUCGCUCCGCCUUCACCUCCCCAUCCGCCUCUUCCUCCUCAUCCAACUCCUCCUCUCCAGCAAGAGUGACAGCCCCCUCCUCCUCUCAAGCCAAAGUGACAGCCCCCUCCUCCUCUCAAGCCAAAGUGACAGCCCCCUCCUCCUCUCAAGCCAAAGUGACAGCCCCCUCCUCCUCUCAAGCCAAAGUGACAGCCCCCUCCUCCAAUCCUAAUGUCCCACAGCCCUCUGUCUAUAACACACCUAUCAACCUCUACUCCAAUACCAAUGCUUGUGAGGUGGCCAUGGGACAGAGACGAGGUCUGUUGGAGAGCCAGGGGCUGUCAGAGCACUUCAAUGGUGAGCCUCAGAGAAGUCUGAAAACUCCACCUUCAGCUAGACCUAGGAGGAAACCUAUUGAGGAGCCUGAGAAUCAUGCUUCCCCACUGAGCGAUGCCAGCAAGAAGCGUCUGAUUGAGGACACUGAGGACUGGCACCCCCGAACCGGCACCUCCCAGUCCCGCUCCUUCCGUAUCCUGGCCCAGCUCACCGGCACUGAAAAGGAGCAAGUUCCAGAGAACAAUGGAAAGAAUGAGGCAGUUGACAAAACCGCUCCCACUGUGCACACAUCUGCACCUCCAGCAAAAACAUAUUCCAAAUCUGCAGCAGCACCCAGGAAUGGCAACGUCGUCCCUGCUUCAGCGUUCAAAAGCCCAGCAGCCCAGAACAAGCCUGCCUACCAGCCCGGAGGUCCAUCAGGUGUUCCUAAGGGUGGAGCUGCUCCUUCAUUUGGCAAGGUUACCAAGCCUGCUCCUAAAGGUCCAGACCGCCCCACACCACAGCCACAUCCACAGGACCUCAACUCUCUGGUGCAGCGGGCUGAGCACAUCCCAGCUGGCACGCGCACCCCAAUGUGCAACAAGUGCAACAAUGUCAUCAGGGGCCCAUUCCUUGUGGCCAUGGGCAUGUCAUGGCACCCCGAGGAAUUUAACUGUGCUCACUGCCACUCCUCCCUGGCAGAAAAUGGAUUUGUGGAGGAGAGGGGCCAGGUGUACUGUGAACGUUGCUACGAGCAGUUCUUCGCUCCCACCUGCGCCCGCUGCCACCAUAAGAUUCUGGGGGAAGUCAUGAAUGCCCUGAAACAGACCUGGCACGUGUCCUGUUUUGUCUGUGCCGCCUGCCACCAGCCAAUGAGAGGCAACAUGUUUCACAUGGAGGAUGGGCUGCCAUACUGUGAACAAGACUACUACAAUCUGUUUGGGACCAACUGCCACGGCUGUGACUUCCCCAUCGAGGCAGGGGACAAGUUCCUGGAGGCUCUAGGAUUCACCUGGCAUGACACCUGCUUUGUGUGUGCGGUCUGCUCUACUAGUCUGGAAGGUCAGCCAUUCUUCUCCAAAAAAGACAAGGCUUUGUGCAAGAAACAUGCCCACACUGUUAACAUCUGACCUGCCCCCAUGAGUAUGACUGAAUAGGGCAACAGUGUCGGUUUACAGCAGUUUAUAUUUCAGUCGGAUGUUAAAAUUGAUCUGAUGUAUCUGUUUGUGUAUUCAGUUAGAAUAACAAGGGUUAGAUAUUCCACUGUAAGCUUUGUUUUUGCUCUAAUAUUGUUAUAUCAUAUCAGUUUUAUAGAUGAAUAUGUAAGAGUACAUUUCAAUACACUGUUGGCCAUCUGCCCGUUCAAUGUCUGUGCAAGUGGAUUUUUAAUACAUAAGUGUUUGUGCUGCGCUUUUUGUUUGUACUGGAGGUGUGUUGAGCUCUGGAGGGGCAUUUUUUUCACACAGAAUGUGAUAGUUUAUACAACAACCUACUGAGUCCCUCGGGGGUCACACAUACAGUAUUAGGAAAAAAAACAUAUUGAUGUGGCAAUUUAAGCUUUCAGUAAAGUGAGUGAGAAAUGAUGAUCAUUUAACGUUUAUAGGGAGGGAAUUAUUUAUUUGUAAGCAAGACUUGGUCAGUCAACAUGCGUUCUGGCAACAAAAAGACUUAUAUGGGCAUCUGGCCUUCAGAAUAAAAAUGGGAUAUUUUAAUAACAUAUUAUAAUUUUUUAUUGUUUUAAAGUAACGUGAUAUUUAACCAUUCCCAGUAAAUGAAAGCAAAAAAAAAUCAUGUGUAGCAGUGUGUAAAUUAGACACUUCAGGUCAAGUUUCAUUGUUAAUGCAUACAAAUUAUAUACAAGGAUAAAUAGUGUGGUCAUUACGGAGCCAUAAUAGAUGGAGUGGUUAUUUUCUGUUGUUUAUGUAUAUUUUGUAAUGCUUAGGCUAUAGUUCAGGGGCAAAAUGGUUCAUGAGCAUGUUUACCAUGAAACUGUACUUCAUUCAACUAAUUCCUGGCAUUGAAAAGCAUAUAAUCUGAAUACUGUGUUGAUCAGUUCUGUGCUUAUAUCUUUUUCAUUGUUUUUCUGAAACAUUGAGGAACUGAACAUUUUGUGCCUUUAUGCUGUGUAUUUGUUCUCACUGAUAAUGUUUUUGUCAUGUUUGAUGGAAUUUGUUCAAUUAACACAAAACAAUGUUAAUAUAUAUUUCAGUUUUUCCUUCCUUCGUCUUGCACUGUUUCUUAGGAUAGAAAAUGUACUUGUGCAAUGGGCACUGUGCAUAAAGAAGCACCUCUCUCUUUCCUUUUCAUUUCAAAUAAAAUGGUUAACAUUGAA